AUGGAUUUGUUGAAGAUAUUCAGUGAUAAAAAGGCAAAAAAGGAUGGCGACAAGAAAGGUAAUAUUUGAGGACGUAUAUCUCGGGAAAUAAUGAUUAUUCUGAAAAGUUGUCAACUAAAAAAUUGUUGGAAAUUUUGUGCUGAACAACUUUGUCAUUGACAAGUUUUUUUUUAAAUUGUACCACUACCGAGCUAUGCCCCCAUUUCUGAACAGUAGGCCGACCCGACAGUGCCAAAAGUGUUGCCAUCUUUCAAGGCCUGUAUCUCAACAGCUAAUAAUUAUUUUGUAAGAACGUCAACACAAAAAAUGUUAAAAACGGUGUGCUCAACAACUUUGUAAUUGACUGUUUAACUUGAAAACGUGAAACUCCCGCAGUUACAACACAAUUUCCUGAACAUAGUGCAAGUGCUCUGCAAAACACACGCUACACAAACAAUCCUUUCCUUUUUCGAGAGUGUCUCAAGGUGUCUGCAUCCGGGAUAGAUACAAAAGAUUCAGAGAUCUUUGAUGGUUUCAGAAACCAUCUGUAUGAGUGCCACGUCAUCAUUCUUCUCGAUUUGCAGGCAAAAACAACAACAACGAGAAGCGUCCGGCGUCGGCGCAAAGUUCGAACGGAUCGCAACUUCACGACGACGUGAGUUGUUUCAUAAACUUUUUGAGCUCAAAAUGAUGUGGAUGUGGCUGUGAAAGAUGGGGCGGAGGAGGGGGGGACGGAAACCUGUCAAGACUCUUGACCCACUUGACACACAAACCUGCACACAUUGCAGCAGUUUUCCCUCUCUCACCAGUGUUCUUCUUCCUUUAUUCGUUUGGUUCUCUGCACAAAAAUGCUUCAUCUGGGGCCCAAAAAUAAACAAAUAUCCAUCCUCCGAAUGGCUCCAAUUUCCUUUUUCUCGCUUCUUCUUCCUUCUUCUUCUGCUUCUCGCGCGCGCGCGCGGGCAAAACGGAUAAGUGUUGUUCAACAACGCGACACUCAUACGGACGAAAAUGAGAAUGAGGAUGAAGAUGGACACUUAUCCCCGCCUCCCACUUUUCACUCAUUUAUCCCCGACAAUCGGCUCUCGGACGCGUUCCCGAGCGUUACGUAGGACAGCGUUCCGAAUUCCGUCUUGCAAGAUUCUGUCUUGGAUACACGGUCUCCAGAGCUGACAAUGGGCGCAAGUGCGCCCCCGCCCAAUACAGCGAUACAUUGGCGCGAAAUUCAAAUUUUAACAGCAAAGUUCGUGUUUUUUGCCAGAUUAGCCACGAAAAACCGAUAAUUUCUCAUUUCUCUCUCGAUAGACCGAUUGUAUAGGCCAUUACGAAUUUUUUAAGCACAAGAGCGUCAAAUUUGGUCAAGUCGCAAAUCACAUUUAUCCGUUUGAAGGUUUUUGCCUAAAACUGCGUGAAUUUCAGUUGCUUUUCAGUAAUUUUCGCGGUUCGAGUGCUCAAAAUGAUUUUAUUUACGUGAUUUAUCAUUCUCAAAACCAAUUCUGUCUGAAAACGAUCAAGAAAGGGCAAAAUGAGAAGUGCGGUUUUGAGGCUGCGAUCAGCGGCGAAGGCGAAAAAGCAAAGUCCGCGAAAAAUGCGCCAAAACAUCAUUAAUUCUGAGAAUUAGUGUGUUUUCAUGUCGAAAAAUCAUUUCUCAUUGCCUUUGACCACAAAAAUCAGAGAAAGCUUGCUCAAUUCAUGAAAACGCCAUUUGGCCGAGGCCACACCCAUAUUGGCAGCUCUGGAGACCGUGAAUUCGAUGAAUUACUCUAUUUUUAUCAACUCCUCGCCUAUUUUCUUGAACUUUCAACUCGGACUUUCUAUUUCCGGCUUCUGACUUUCGUAUUGAUAGAUUCGUACUGUUUUUCUCAAUGAAAACUCGUCCAGGGCGAAAUCGCAAGUUGUGUGCGGUAGAGCGCGUUUGCCUUCCAUUUCGCCGCUCCGUCACCUCUUUUGUCUUUCUGUCCGUUCCGCUCACUUCUCCUUUUCAGCCACCCACAGAAUGCGCUGUAAAUUCUCGCGUGGGCGUAUCAAAGCCGCCGCGCCGCCACGUGGAACUCCGAUUUAUCAGUUUUUUGAGGAAGAGACCAAGAAUAGCAUGAACAACAAUAAUAAUGACGACGAAUUCGGCGAUAGAAUGAGCACAAAAGUUAGAGAGAAAAUGAGAGAAGAUUACGGUAGUUUGGAAAGUGCGUGCGCAAACACCAAACUACUGUAAUCCACGUUUUCCAGAAAUACAUAAUAUUGAACUGUUUCAGGCCGAGGAGAACUAUCAAGUGUACGUGAAAACGCUCGAGAAUUUCAUACUCGCCACCGAAAAGCACGGAAUUGAGGGGCUCGUUAAGCAGUACAAAAAGGUGGACAACAACAUCGAUCACACGAUGACUUUCGAGGCGUUCAAGCAGAAUAUGCACAAGAAUCGCUACUCUGGUAUGUGCUUUCUCGCACUUGAUCUCGUUUUCUACAACAAAAAUGCGUUCAGACGUGGUGUGCCGGGACAAUUCGCGAGUCAAGUUGACGAUAGAUUCGAGUGCGCACGGCGAUUACAUUCAUGCAAACUAUGUGAAGACCAACUAUUUGUACAACACGUUCAUCUGCACUCAGGGACCCCUUCAGCACACGAUCAACGAUUUCUGGCGGAUGAUUUUCCAGGAACGCGCACAGAGCAUUUUGAUGCUUUGCAGGUGAGAGAGAUGGGUACAUCGGAUCGGUCUGAAACUUGGACGCAACACACUUCAAUUUAAGUCUAAGAAGCUUGCAUAGUCAAAAAGUCAAGGUCUUCAAAAAGCCAGGGCCCUGAAUCCGGCCAAACAUUAUAUGAUCGCAACCGUGUCCCAAUCAGGUCAUUUGCAGAGUGAUCGAAGACGGACGGCCCAAAUGCGUGACUUAUUGGCCGGCGACGGGCGAGGAGGAGCAGUACGGAUGCAUAAAAGUACGGAACACGGGAGAGUCGACGGACGAGGCGAACUCGUUCGAAACCGUCGAUUUGAUGAUCUCGUUUGUGGCGGAAAACGUGCCGGCGAACGAGCAGCCGGCCGACAAGACACCCCUCAUUGUGACGCUUAUCAAGUGGCCAAAGUGAGAUCUUAUUUUUGAAAUUAUCGAAGAACUGGAGCGAAAGAGGCCACAAACCCCAAAGUUGAUAUUACAGCUGGCCGGACAGAGGAGUUCCCGACGAGAAGUGUCACACAGUGCCUCAGAAUCUGCUCGCCCGCGUCCGUCACGGUCCGUGCGUGGUGCAUUGUUCGGCCGGAAUCGGAAGGACCGGGUGUGUGGUCGCGUUGGAGUUCGCCUACAGACGGCUUCACCGAGGCAUCAAAGUGGACUUCGAGGAGGUGGGUGCAAGUGCGCUCCAUCGCACUCUGAUUCCAGCCACAAGAUCGAUUUGCAGAUCGCUCUGGAACUCCGGAAACAGCGUGCCCAGUGCAUUCAGACGGAAAUACAGUAUUUGUACAUCCAUCGGGUGAUGAUCGCAUUCGCGAAGGGCGAAAAUGGAAUUUCGGAGAAGGCGAUCGCAGCCGCCGACGCGUUUUUGGCCAGUUAUGAUAAUCAUUUGAAAUGCAAAGUUUAA